AUGGAACAAAUCAAAAUCUGCAUUUCAAGUCUUUAAGGAUUUUAGUAUAAUCUAAAUAAAGUAUUGGAUAAAUUCAAAAAAGAGAAGUAAAGUUAUUCUCAAUUUUUUAAAGUGAUCUUGCUACUACUUUCAUUUAAUUUGCUGAUGAAAUAUUUUAAAGCAAUGAAAAUUUAUUAAAGAAAUAUCUUCUUUUAAUGGUAUUAUUUAUUGCAUAUAAGAUUUAUAGAUUAUUAGGGAAGCAGUUUAUACAAAUCCAAUUGGUUCUGUAACAAAUAAAUUAGCUAGCAAUAAUUCAAUUUUGAAUUAUUUAUAAGAGGUAGUUAUGUUUCAACCAGGUUCUGAUGAUGAAUACAAAGGCAUUUAUAGAUUUGAAAAUGAUAGUAAUAGAUAUUAUUAUUAUAUUGUUAGCUCCAUAAAUUGCUAUUAAAUAUUUUAAUUUAAUAUUGGAACUUAUCAAAGUUUUAGCUGAAAAAUAUCCUGUCACUUCAAGCAAAAAAUCUACAAAAUUUAAAAUACUAUAUGAUAGAUUAAUUCAAUAAGGAAUUAUCUUUCCUAAAUAUUAUAGAGAAUUAACAGCUGAUAUUAAUGAAAUAGAGGAUGCAGUUGAAGAAAGUUAACCUGUUAAAAGGAAUCAAUUAUAAUAAAUGGAACCACAUAGAGAAAAUGGUAUCUAAUAAUUGGAAGAAUUAUAAAUUGAAAUGAAUGAUUAAAUUGAUACAAUUUGGGAUAUGCUUUAUGAUUAAAAUUGUAAUCCAGAAGGAGCAAAAGAUAGUAACUAAAAAUUAUGAUUUUAGUGUUAUAAUUCUAUUGUGAUACUUUUAAAGAGAGUGAUGCAAAAUUAUAAUAAUUAGAAUAUGAAUUAUCAGACAAAUUAAAUUAAUAAUAAAAAGAUUAGAUUGAAAUGUUGUGUAAUUUUAUUAAGAUUUUUAAUUUGAAGUUUAAUCAUUUUGAAAGAAACAAAACUAAAAAUGGAUUCUUUGAAUUUCAACAUGCUGUUUUAACAGAAGCUGCUAAAAUUACAAAAAAACAAUAUACUCCAUCUGAUGCUUAUCAAAAAUCUAAAAUAUAACCUCUUUCUCCAUUAAGAUAAAUUGGAUAAGAUGAUACUCAAGAUAUUACCAGAUUAAAUGAUCUAACAAGUACUUAAAUUCAAAUGAAAGAAAAGGUUGUGUCUUAAAUUAAUUAAUAAGUAUAAUCAGAAUAAUAAAAAUAAUUUGAUUAAUCAAAAUUAUAAGAUAAUUCUAAAUAAGUUGAUAAAUAACAAGUGAUUUCAUAGUCAUAAUAUAAUUAAUAUGAUCAGUAUGAUCAGUAUGAUCAAUUCAAUUAAUAAAAUUAAUUUUAAUAAUAACAAUAUAACUAAUAGAUAUUAUUAAAUUAAUAAUAAGAAUAAUAUUAAUAUUAAUAGCAAUAGAAACAACCCUAAUAAACAACAUUUACACCAGAUAAUACAAAUAAUCCACUUUUAUUAGAAACUGACUACUAACAAUUUGAAUAAUCAAUUCCAAAAUAACAUUAAAAUUAUUUUUCAUGGGAUUAAUAUUAAUAACCAUAUAAAUAGGAAGAUAAUUCUAAGACAUUAGAAUAUUAGUAAGAUAAAUAGGAUUAGAAACUAAAGGGAAUGAAAUUAAGUUUUGGAAAUGUAGUUGAUAAAGAAUAGGAUUAUAAUAAUUAGGGGUCGAGCUAAGUUUAAUUUAAAGAGAUCAAAAAUACAGAAUAAUAUACAUAAUAAUAAAUUUAACAAAAUGAUCAUUCAGGCUAUCUAUUGAAUACUCAAUUUUUAGAUAUCUAACAAAAAUUAAUUAGAUAUGGAUAUACAUAAUAAAUGAUUGAUGUUUGGAAGAAGACAUGUUUAUUGGGGUAAGGCAAUUUAUUUGAGAAUGAAUUUAUUAGAGUUUAUUGCACAUUUGGAUUAUAGUAUUAAGUGUUAAAUAGUAAGAAUUAUCUAAAAAUAUCUUUGUAAAUUUUUAAGAAGUCUGGCCUAAAUUUGCCCAUAAAUAUAAAAUUUUAAGGGGAUAGAUGUAAUUAUGAAUUUAUUAAAAUCAGCAACAAAAUUUUGGAUCAAAUAAGAAAAUAGAAACAUUUUAGAACAAGAAUAAUAAUACAUACUGAUAGUUGAUGAAUGCAAAGACAUUAUUAUUAGUAGAAUACAGAUUGAAAAUUAAUUCUUUAGUGUGUUAUUACCAACAAAUUAAUAUAAUUUUAUAGAGUUUUUAGAUAUAAGGCCAGAGAUAUUUUAAAUAAAAAUAAAGGAUAUUCUAUUUUAUAAAAGUCAACCUUUUAGAUUGUAAAUUAGUUAGGAAUUAUUUAAAAAAAUUGGAUUUAUUGAAAUGAAUAAUUAUUAUGGUAAUUGAUUAAUUUAAAUUAAAUUAGGAGCUGUUUAUGAAAAUAAUAACUAUAUAAAAGUUGUAAUGAUAGAGAAAAAUAUAUGGAUUAUAGAGGCAACAGAUUAAUAUCUCAUUCCAUAAUUAUUAUUUUUGUUUUCUUGA